AUGGAAGAAGGCCAGAGGGAGUUUGUGGCCGCGUUGCGCUCACAGGGUUUGAGCAGCGGCUUUUCGCCUGGUGACUUGAGGUUUCAGAGUGUGUAUGGCCUGUGGCCGACCAGCAAGCUGAGCGACCAGGACGUGUGGGAUGCGUGGUCAGGCCUGCAGUCCACCCUCGCGGGCGACGCGUAUGGAGGCAAGGAAGCAGUCAAGUGGGGCCGCGAGGCCUACAACUCUCGGCACCCGUUACACUUGGUCUUGGACUGCUCAAGCUUCAAGAAAGGAUGCAAUGGGAAACUAUGGCUGGGCGGAGAGAACGCAAUCAUGGACAGGAAUCUUCUGACUGAGAAUGGCAUUCAGACAAUUGUACCGGCUUCCCGUCGGCCUCUUCCUGAUGAAAGCAUGACCUACACGGUCUUGGACCAUGUUGAAGCAGGUGCCUUGAUCAACGGGGACGGAGACAUGGUUUCAUGGCUGGAGGUGUGCGACAUGCUGGCAAAGCGGCUUGAGGAAGGCCAAGGCAUUCUGUUAUGCUGCAUGACAGGUGCUCACAAGAGUGCUGCUUUGGCCUGUGGCCUGGUUAUGUAUUUGACUGGAACCGCAUUUGACAAAGCAGAGACCUACUUGUGUAGCUUGAGGAAUUGUGUGGACCUUUCCUUCAAGCCACCUGGGAGAAGCCCCCGAUCAGCCUCGGAUUGGUUGUUAGAGUGGCAAGACCGCAUCCUUGCAGAGGCCUGGACGUUUGACAUAUGCCAGGUUCUGAGCCCGCAUGCCUUCCGAAAGAAGGCAAUCCAGGUUGGCUUUGAGGCGAUGCAUACACGCCCUAAAGCCAAGGCAGCAAAGACAGGGUCUGGGGAGCAGGAUCCUGGUUACAGCAGUGGUGGCUUUGAACAUGGCUUCUCCACGGUUUCAAGCCAAGAGCUGAACAGCUCAAUGGAGUCGGAGGCUUCUUGGGGCUUCACACCUUCUUUGAAACGCUCCUUGCCUACCGCCUCUGGCGAUGGUUUUCUGGUUCUGAAGGACGAACUGGCAAGCAAAGAGAUGCGGGCUGCGAAGCUUAACCAGCUAUGCGCAGACCUUGAAGCGUUGGACAGCAAAAUGAUGGUGCUCUUGAUGCCUGCAGACAAAGUAGCGAUGCCCAGCGUAGCCCAGCAGAAGCAGGCCACUGCAGAGCCGACUGCGCCAAAUGUCAAAGAGCAAGGAGGCUUGAAUGCUGCAGCUGCCGACCAACCAGAGCAGCCCGAGGCUAGGGCCUCAGCGGAUGUAGGCCAGGUUGCCGCUGCAGACAAAGUUCCGGCCACUGGCCAGGUUGCUGACGAGCCUGCGGAGAAGCCUGCUGACCAAGCAGACAUAUGUGACAUAGACGUGCCAGACCAGAAGGAUGACGGCGGCAAUGUGGAGAUGGAAGCUCAGAAGGAGGACGCUCACUGUCAAGGAGGAGAGUUCCAAGUUGAUUACGCCCCUGAUGAGCCUGCAGCCAACUCGAAGAAGCAGGGAGCAGCAGCGAGUGACUGUGGACGGUCUGUUUUGGAGGGUGAGAAGCAGCCACUGGACCACUCUCUCAGGAACCAAGACUCCGAGGUUAUGUCCAGGGUUCUGCAGCUCCUGGAAGAGCAGCGCUUGCAGAGGCAAGCUGUGUUGGCCAGGUCUGAAGAGGAGUUGACCCGCCAGACCCUGCAAGUGGAAGCCCUCAGGGCGUUGUUGGGGCCUGAGCCCCUGACAGUCUUGGACCUUUUGGUUGAUGUCGGGCCGAGCGUCGUGCUGGCCUUGAGUGACAGCGAUGGCAGAACCUUGCUGCACCACGCAGCGCGGAUUGGGGCAUGGCAGGUUGAUUUGGCGCUGGGGUGCAACGUGGGCUUGGCGAUGUGGCUCCAAAGGCAUUGGAAUGCAAGGCCGCUGCAGCCGCCUCCUCGAGCUUCAGCGCAGGAGUGGUAUGAUCGACCGCCAACUCAUGUUUGUCAAGGGUGUUGUGGGUCAGAGCAGGAGGCGCAACAGAAGGCUGUUGCUCUGGUGAAGGAAACAUUCCUUCACCAGCUGAGUGUCCCGGCCUUGAACAAGUGGACAACAAUACAGCCUUGUUUGACGUUGGUGUGCGCCAUGCAGCAGUGGUCCAAUGUCCUGCCUCAGGCCUUUGGCCGUUGUUUCCCUGAAGGGCCUCAGGCCGAGUUGAGCGAGGACGAUUCGCCUGAUGAAGGCGCCGCGCUGGGUGUCCCUUUGGAUCAGACAAAGCGUUGGCGCAAAUUGGCCAGGAAACGACAAAGGAAGGCUGCCUACUUCAUGCAAGACCCACAAAGCAAGUGGGCCACCCUUAUGUGGUCAGUUCUCACUGCGCCAGUCAUGGCGGUUCACUACUCCUUGUUUAAGAGGGGCACUUGGCUCUCUGAGCGACGUUGUGAGAAUGACGAGUUGACAUCCGUUGCUAGCUUCUGCAACCCUGUGCUGAACCCUGCAGCAAAGGUCUUUGACCGGGUUGUCCUCACUUCCACAUUUAUAGAGCGGGCUUUUGCCCGCUUGAGCCGGUGGUGCGAUCGCAAAGGUCCCAAACCCACACUGGCAACCCUGGCUGCAAAGAACGCAGUGUAUCAUUUUCGGUAUUUGACCGAAUUGUGGAGGGAGAGGGGCUUCAAGGAUGGAACCUUGACAAAAGAGAGGAGCCAAAAGUGCAGACCUACUUGGGCUCAUGGCGUGCGAAAAGGGCGGACGAGAAAUGGCUUGCACAUAUUUGCCAAGGAGAUGGGCCUCAAACCAAGCAAGGAGUUGGUUCGCCAGUGGCGAUUGCUCAGUCAGGAACAGCGCGAGCACUAUGCAACGCUGGCCAGGGCAGACAAUAUCCAAUCGAGAGCAUUGCAAGCCAACAAGGUUUCUCACAUGGCUGAAUCUGCAGAGGUCAGAGGUGGUUUCUGGCAAAUGAGUACCCCGCAUGGGUUUCCGCUUUGCCGGAACAUUGUGGAGGCCAACCUGUCCAACUUGCGCAGUCUGGCCGAUGAGUUCAAGCGGGCCACACGGUCUUUGUGGCCAGAAAGCCCUGACAGUUUUGACGGCGCGCCUGAGCAGCCGUUUCCCUUGUGGGCGCCAUGUGACCCAGAAUGUUGCCCCCACAGGCUGAGCGACGCACAGCGCUUGUGUUUCACUGCCUUGCUCGAUGUUUUGAGGGAGGUCAUCAUGCGCAGAGGGCCCGCGGCCAGUGAUGUUGGACAAGAACCUUUGCUGCUGCAGUUUUCCUCGACCAGCUUGCGGGCGACUCGCCAGGUUGUUGUCGCGUACAACACGAGAAAGAAACCAAUUGACGCAGCGCUGGUCGAGCUGCAAAGAAUAGAAGAGCCAAACACGAGGCCUGGUGUUUUGGAGGUGUUGGCCUGUGCGCUUGGCGUGGACGGACAGCUGCCUCUGGUUGGGGACGUGCCCUUUUGUGCGCGCUUGGCCGCAGAUGCUUUGGACUGGGAUAUGUUUGUCUUGAAAGUGGGCCCUGUGAGUAGGCUGGAUCACUUUGAUAUUUUGGCCUCUGGCCCAGUUGACGUUCAAGCGUUGAAAGCCGAGAUACUGCGGGAGAAAGAGGCGCAAAGGGCUUUGACCGCGCUGCGCAAGAUGACACCCAGGCCUGUAGGUACUGGCAGAGGCAAAGGCAAAGGCAACCGUCCAAAGGGUCUCGCUAAGGGUAAGGGUAAGGGCCGAGGCAAGCUUGUCACUGCCGACGAGCGCAGCGAUGCGAGUUGUGACGAUGGGGGCGGUUCCUCGCAAUCAGACGCUUCAGAUGACACACUCAAAGAAGAGGGGUCAGACGGGUCAGGCACUGGGGUCGCGCCUGAACAGCCGCAAGUCGCCCCUCCGCCAGUGUCUCUGGCCAGUGAUGGGCCUUUGGCCAGGCAGCGGACUCUCAGCGGCCACAGGAAGGCGCGGCAAUGCUUGCUCUGCAACACUUCUUCCACAGAUGAAUCCCCGCUCACCUAUGGGGAUGAUGAGGUGUCUUUGGAAGUUCAAGGGCGAGUGCCCUGGAGAAGCUACGAGAAGGCUCGCGCAGACGAUGGUGAGGUCUACAAGGUUCCCAGCGGGAAACUUUGCCUGGUUUGCUUUAAUGUGUACCGGGCGCUGGGUCUUCACAAAGCCUACAAGAAAGUUGACUUCUACUACAAGUUCGUGUCCAGAAAGGGCAACGAGAAUGAGCACAAGAGUUUUUUGCAGGCUCGCAAGGCUUGGGUGAAACAACAUAAUGAAGCUGGACCAGACCGCAAGAGAUUGCAGAGCAAGAAGGCUCUUCUCGAGGCAAAGAAAGAAUUGAAGGUCGAGCAGAAAACGGGCGGUAAGUUUAUCGCCCCCCGAAAACAAUUCGUGUCCUUGGAGUCUUGGGACGAAAGCAAGCGAGGGCCAGUUGAUCAAUCCAAGGUUGUUACUGAAGCCGUCUUCGGUAAAAGUGUUGAAGGAAUCUGGGUGAACAAAGGAGCAGCUGGCGUUUUUGAUUAUGAGGAGUACCAAGAUACUUCCUUAGUGGAACAAGAAACUGUGCACAAUUCCAGCGAAACUCCUUUUGCUGAAGAAUCUUUGGCUAGGAAAAGGAAAGCCCUGUUGGGCGAGCUCCAAGAAGGCUCCCAGGCCAGGGAGAAAGCUUCUGUUGAGGGUGAAGAACUGGACAUGGCGGGCUUGCUUGCAGCAAUCCAAAGCCAGGGGCACGCGGCCUCUGGCCAGGUUAAAGGGGAGCUUGCCAAGUCUGAUGGCGCUGACGCUCCAGCUUCCGACAAUAAGUCUGAUGACGCAGGGACGUCCAGCUCUGAGGAGGGCUCCAACCAUGCAGGACGCUUUGGCCCUACAGCCAGCAAAAAACAACAAGCAAGUAGCUCAGCGUCACCUGCAGAGAUGGUCGCAGCCUAUGAGAAUGCUAAGGAUCUGUGCGAAGCUGUGGUAGCUGCCUGUGCCAAGUAUGGGGAGGAUGAUUUCUUGGCAUCUCCAUUGAAGAAGCCGUGCUCUGUGGCCUCAGGCCUCCUCAACGUGGCCGAUAUCUCUGCCACCGCUUCAGCAGUCGAAGUCAUGGAACAGUCACAGGCAGAAGAGGAUUCGCAUGGGUCCUUUGAGGGGGCCAUCCAAGUUUUCUUCUCUGAGCAUGCUGUGGGCCAGAGCUUGGUUGACCUGGCAACAGCCAGGGUCGCAAGUGGUGAAAAGGAGCAGAUUGCGCAGACUGCUAUCAAAGAGCUUGGAGAUGAAUUGCCCAAGUUGCAGGCCUUAUCGCAUGCAUUUUGUGUACAGGGAAUCAAGCUCAUCAAGGAUGACCUGCUUCCAGUGCAAAAGCUGCUGGAUACCUGUGCAAAGUCCGUGAGCGCUUUGAAAGGCAGCAAGGGUAAAGACAAAGAUCAUGGCAGAGCCUAUGACCGCCUCAUGGAGCUCUUGGCUGGUCACAAGGCAACUUUCACUUCAGAGGUCAAGAGACUGCUUGAAGGAGAGCUGAGGGGAAAUUUGGCACAGCGCUUGCAGUUCCUGUGCAACGCCUUGAGCAAUGAUUGCAUGGUGGGGUCCGAAGAAGCAGGUCAGACGCUCAUUGAGUUGGACGAGGUUUGGUCUGGCCUCAAGCAUACCUGCCUGGUUGAGCACACGUUCUGGGAGUCUGGACCGGCCACAGGCCAGGUUGAGGCUGUGUUGCGUGAAUACAAAGACUUGUCGGCCACCCUGUGUGACAUGGCUAAUUUUGUCUUCCUCCAAAACGACAAGUUCAAAGAGAAACAAAAGCUUGACGUCGCCGCUACAACACUCAAGCGCUGGGUGGACAUCGUUCCAAACAAACUCAAGAAGUGGGUCGAUACUGGCUUGGCGCAACUUGUGGAGGACCGCAUGCUGUCCGUCUGCCGCUCAAAGCAGCAAGCUUUGUUUUCCGCUGGGUUGACAGCGGUGGCUGAAGUAACAAAGCAGUGCGUCGCUGGGUCGCCACCUUCCUUCAACCAGGGUGCCCAGCAACAAUUGCUCAUGAAGAUUCCCAAGAGUCACAGCCUGAGGCCCUUGGCGACCUCUUUCUUGGAGGUGCUCACUUUGCAAAGCCAAUCAGGGGACCAGCUGAAGCUGGCCACUGCCUUGGACAUGACCGGCAAGCAUUACCAGGAAGCGCUUUCCACUGCAGAGUGGCAGGAGGACCUGCGCAAAACAGGCCUGAAAGAGGCCAGUGCCUGGCUCAAGGCUCUUCGCCAGAAGGUUGCCUGCGAAGCUCUUGACGAGAUGGAGCGCGCACACAAGAAACGAUGUCUCUCCAUGGAAAAAAUCAAAGUGGCCAAGCUGCCCAGUUUGACGGAUGAGGAGAACUAUCGCAAAGUUGGGCUACGAUGUGUGGGGCAAUUGGCUGACGUCACGGCCCUGCUAGAAAAGGAUUGCAAGGCUCUCAAGACUCUCCGCUCUGCUUUGGUGAGGCUGAAGGCUGCGCAGUUUGGCGAGGAAAACACAACCCCUCUUCUUGCAGAGCUCGAACUUGCCCAAAAGAAAGCUGGGCAUGAUGUGUUUGCGCCUGGUCCAGGUGAGAUUGAGUGCGAGGAGCUGGUGGUACAAACAAGUUUUCAUGUAGCUGCUGUCGCGGCCUUGUGCCUGGUUCGAAACCCAAAGCUUGCGCCUCCCAAUCCCGAUGGUAAAUUGCUCAAACAAGUUGCCGAUAUCUCAGUCACAUUGAGGGGCAAAUGGGAGCUGCUACCGGAGGGCGAGCUGAAGCUUCAAGGGGGGCGUUUGCUCAGUGAAUGCGAAGAGGUUUCGAAGUCCAAGGGCCAGAGAGA